AUGGAAUACGUAGAUCUAGACAACGUAGGAGGCGAGGGGUUCGUGCCUGUGGAGAAAACUUCCGGUGAAAACCACGAUGCCGCAUCUGAGACCUUGUCUAAGGUAGACGAAGAUUCCAGUAAGCCAUUUCCAGAGCUCAGCGUCGAUCGCCUUGCCCAAUCGUCGUCAAAGAGCGAAGAAGCUGUCGAAGAUGACUAUGGUCUCGAAGACUUUGACGAAGAAGAGAUGGCCCAGCUUCUGGAAGAUACUAAGGACAAGCCUCCGUUCUUCCCUCUGUCAAGCAUCAUACAGAAGAUAGACUGCGAUUCGAGAUCAGCCUCAAGCUUCGACUCCAAAUUGCAGUUUUCCGAGUCUGAUAUGAACACGAGCGAAGCUUCACAUACCGAUCUGACUGAGCCUGAUCUUCUGGAUGAUAAUAUCGACUGGGAUCUUGUGUCAAGAUGCGCAGCAACUGCGGCUGGCGCCUCUCCGGAUUCGGAGGCUAGAAUGAGCAUCAGAGAAAACACCAAAGAAUCAUUGAAAGAGCAUUCGAGCCCGGCACCCUUAGUCAGACCUCCUUUCCCCGACAAAAUGCGAGACCGCUCUGUAGUCGUUGGACUCUCUUCGACGAUUAUGAUGCGCACUUGCUUCAGAAUUGGAGAGCUCCUCAAUACGCAAGCUCAAUGUAGCCGGGAGAAGCAGGAUGUUUUCUUUGAGCUUUUCGCGCGGGUCGUCUACUCCAACCGGGAGAACGUUGCCAGAGUACAACAUGUACAGCUGCGAGAUCUUUUUACCGAUCGGCAGCCAUUUCUCAGCGGCGUAUUCAGGGGCUGGAAGAGUGGUGGGCCUGUGGAUGAUCAGAGCAAGGUAUUCCUAGGACCCAACGAAAAGAACAAGCUGUGUCGAUGUCUUUGCAAGGUAUCAGAAGACAGAAAAGCUGCAAUCGGUCGCUCAGCAACGCUCUUGUCGAUCAGAGAGACAACUUGGGAUGAGGUUCAGUGGGCUAUGAGAAUUGUUGCAAGGGAUGCAACCUCAGACGAGAACAUCGAUAUCGAGGGAAAGAAGUCCUCUGUCAUCUGA